AUGAGAGUAUAUGGUGUAAGCAUGAGUGAGGUGAGUCGCCAGGGGGAGGGGUGUGGGGGUGGGGUCUCCCAGGUGAGUCGCCAGGGGGGUCUCGUCACCUUGGAGGGAGCUCAGGUACUCCCCGAGGGCUCGCCUGCUCACGCGGGGGCCCCGGCGCCUUAUAAGAUCCAGAGCUCAGGUACUCCCCGAGGGCUCGCUGCUCACGCGGGGGCCGGCGCUUAUAAGAUCCAGGUGAGUCGCCAGGGAGGGGUGGGGGGAGGGGGGUCCCAGGUGAGUCGCCAGGGGGUCUCCGUCAGCCUGGAGGAGCUCAGGUACUCCCCCGAGGGCUCGCUGCUCACGCGGGGGCCCGGCGCUUACAAGAUCCCAGGUUUCCAAGAUAUCCCGUGCGAGUUCCACGUGUCUCUGCUGAAAGACGCGCCAAAUCCGCUGGCAAUUUUUUCCUCGAAGGGCGUGGGCGAGCCUCCCCUGCUGCUGGCGACGUCGGUGUUCCAGGCGAUCAAGGACGCCGUCGGGGCAGCCAGGGAGGACCAAGGACUCGGCCGCGCGUUCCGGUUUGAUUCUCCCGCCACGGCAGAGCGCGUCCGAAUCGCCUGCCAGGGACCGUUCGUUCGGAAGAUUCCUCCUGGGGAACUCGGGUCUAAGAAGCCAUGGUCAGUGACAGUGUAAAAUUCGUGGAGUUUGUUUAAUUGUUUUUCAUGGUUUUAUUAAUGACUCAAAUUUUCCCUUCGUCUCUUCGUCUUUUGUGUUCUGUGCGUUUAUUGUUUAUAUGUUUCUGUUGAGUUAUAUGACAGCUU